AUGCCAUUUGAUUUAACCGAUAUUAGCUUACAGUUUCACGAUGUUUCAUUCGAUGAAAUUGAAAAAUUUUUAGCUCGAAUUUCUUCUCGAUUGCAACGCUUAUAUUUAACAAUACAUCUGAAUAACACAUUUCUGUAUGCUGAUCGUUGGGAACGAUUAAUUCGAAAUCAUAUGCCUUAUUUAUAUAUCUUUGAUUUUAAGUAUUUGAUUUACAAAUAUGACCGUCCAAAUGAUUAUACGAUUUCGAAUCAAUUAUUUGAUCGCUUUAAAUCAUCAUUUUGGUACGAGCGAAAAUGGUUCUUUCAAUAUCAACAUUGGUCAUGUAAGAAUGAUGAUUUUGCUGGAAUAUUUUAUUCAACGAAUCCUUACAGAAGAAAAUGUUAUGAAUUAUAUCGAUGUGAAACAUAUGAGACGAUCGUCCAUUCAGCUUCUCAUCUGAAGAUUGGAAUUGAUUGUUUACCAAACAAUGUUAUGAUUCAUUUUCCCAAUGUAACAGAACUUACUCUUAUUGAAAAUGAUAAUGAAAGCAAAGAAAGAUCGAUGACGAACAUCAAUUGUAUUAUUCCUUUAACACAACUGACUCAUUUAGUUAUUUUCGAUCCACAUUUUUCUAUUAGUCAACUAAUUGAAUUAUUACGAUUUUCAUCAAAUAUGCAAUCUUUGACCUUUAUCGGUGUGUCAUUUACGAGUAGAUGUCGUCUAUCAGUAGAACAGAUGGAUCUCGUCCGUUCGAUAUCAAAGACAAGCAAAGUGACUGAAUUGUGUAUUGAAGAUGAUUGUUCAUUAGCUUAUAUUCAAUUUUUUGCUGAUCUUUGUCCUCGUCUGCAACGACUUGAAAUUGUUCUUCUGGAACGUCAAAUUAAAUCAAUCAUACAAUUCUUAUUAUCAAGCAACAUGUCUGAUCUAUUCUGGUUAUGUUUACGAGAUAUAAGCAAUGAAACAAGCAGAAAAGUCCAAAAGAUAAUCGAUCAUGAAAAGCUAAUUAUUGAUUAUAAUGUUAAGGAUCAUUAUACUGGAUUGUAUUUUUGGUGGUAG